AUGACUGAUCGUCGUGAUGAGAAACCAGCGGAUUUUCUCCUUCCUGAAACUGUCAAGAACUGGUUUUCACAAAUGUAUACACAUUUAAGUGCUGGUCAUGUGCAAGAGAUGGCACGUUUAUACGAUCGUGAAUUUCAUAAUUUGACCACUAAUUACUUUAAACAAACAUCAUGGCCUGAACCCAAUGCAAUUGAAUCGCUUGUGCAUCAUGAUAAAACCUUUAUAUUAUUAUAUAAACAAAUUUAUUUUCGUCAUUUAUUUUCACGGUUACAACCAGGUAUGGAAAUGAAAAUUGCAUCCUGGGAAACAUAUGGUGCUCUAUUUGAUGGGAUUUUAACUGAUACGGUUACAUUAAAAGCAUUACCAUCUCAAUGGAUUUUUGAUCUUGUGGGUGAAUUUGUCUAUCAAUAUCAAUCCUAUUGUCAAUUUCGUGCUAAACUUGCAACUAAAAGUGAAGCUGAAAUUUGUGUCUAUGAGGAAAAUCUUUGGAUCUGGGAUACCAGUAAAGUACUUGGAUAUUUACACGCUCUUGUCCGUCAUUCCAAGAUUUUAGAGACUUUAAGUGAAAAAGAAAAAGAUGAUGAAGAUGAUGAUCAACUGAUAAAGCACGUGCCAUCGGAUGUUGUGAAAGAGCUUGGAUACUUUAGUCUUAUCACACUUGCUCGUGCUCAUGUGUUGUUUGGUGAUUACUAUACGUCACUAAAACUAUUGGACCCACUUGAUUUGUUCAGUACAAACUCUCGUAAUGAAGUCAAGACGAUUGCAAAAAUUCAUGAGAAAUCACCAGGAUGUCAUGUCUCUGUGUUUUAUCAUAUGGGGUUUGCUCAACUUAUGCUAGAGGACUUUGCAGCAGCGAUUCGUUCAUUCUCGACUAUUAUUUUGCAAGUAAAUCGUAAUCGUAACUAUUACUCACGGUUUGCUGACUAUGAACAGCUCCAUAAGCUUACGGAAAAAGCCAUGGCUUUGCUAGCUAUUGUGCUAUUCCUAUGUCCAGGUCAGCGUGUGAAUGAUCAGAUCCACACGCUCAUUCGUGAGAAAUAUGGUGACAAACAGAAUAAAUUGCAGAAGGGUGAUAUCUCGGCUCUCAGCGAACUAUUCAGCUUUUCUUGCCCCAAGUUUAUCGUGCCUGCUGUGGCGGCGGAAGGUAAGGCUGCGAUCAACCGAAGUGCCGAGGCUUCGCAGCGGCAACUAAAGGCUUUUAACGAUAUGGUCGUCCGUCAGCAGCAUGUACCAGCUGUACGUUCGUAUAUUAAACUCUACCGUUCCAUUGAUCUGGAAAAGCUGGCGGCGUUUCGUCGUGUCGACGUCGAGCUUGCACGCGCCGAACUUAUGGCCUUGAAGGUUAGCGGCUCUCGUCUCAAGUCGGAUGUGCACGUCUUUUUGAACAACAAUCUCGUUCUUAUAGAUGAGGAGACGAGUAACCAGCGUACAGGCGAGUUUUUUAUCAACCACAUUCACAAAUUUGCGCGCAUUGUGGACGAGUGUGCGGUGAAGCAGUAA